AUGGUCUUGCGUAUUGUCUUCAUCACUGCAGAUGGUAAUUGUAAAAAAAAAAAUAGGUCAGAAUCUCCAGGAAUCACUGUGAAACCUCCAGCAACUGAUAGUGUGGAUCAUAUGACCCCAAUCAUUGGCUACCAAAUUAAAUAUUUACAAUUCUUCAUCAGUAUCAUAGCUUGUAGUGCUGUUAUUGUGGGUACCAGGUCACUAAGGGUUGCUAGACUGUGUUACAAGUUAUACCACAUUUCCACUACAUAUCCACCACAUAUCCACCACACAUCUACCACAUAUCCACCACAUAUCCACCACAUAUCCACCACACAUCUACCACAUAUCCAGCUCUGGACAUAUCCACCACAUAUGCCCACCACACAUCUACCAUCACUAUCCAGUUUGAGAUGCCAGAUCUGUCCACCAAAUCCACUCCAUCACUAA